AUGGAGGUGCGCCGAGACAAAAUCAUCGACCAAGAAUCUGAAGUUCUAUGUGUCGAGGCUGAACCAAGCUGGAUGGACCCCAUCCUCGCUUACAAGCUUCAGGGUGAGCUCCCCGAAGACAGAAACUUGGCCACUAAACUAAAAAGAAUCGGCUCAAGGUUCAUCGUCUACAACGGGGAACUCUUGAAGAAAUCCUUCUCAACCCCAUUGCUGAAGUAUCUGGGUCCAACAGAUGCGGAUUAUAUCCUUCGGGAGAUUCACUUUGGCAUCUGUGGAAACCACAUAGGGGGAAGGACCCUAGCCCACAAAGCAUUAAGGGCAGGCAAAUGGAUUGAAGCCGAAGCAUCUUCAAACAUAACCGAGCAGACUGUUAGGAAAUUUAUCUGGCAGAAUAUCAUCACUCGCUUCGGCAUUCUGAAGGUGUUUGUCUUCGAUCAUGGAAGGCAAUUUGACAAUCUGCCGCUGCGGUAUACGGAUCAGUUCGGCAUUAAGUUGGCAUAUUCGGCAGUUUUCCAUCCUCAAAGCAAUGGCCAAGCCAAAGCCGCAAAUAAACAGAUCCUCAACGCUCUCAAGAAAAGAGUUGAAGAUCAAAAGUCCAAGUGGAUAGAGGAACUUCCUGGAACUCUAUGGUCACUUCGGACAACUGAAAAAGAGGCAACGGGACAUUCACCAUUUGAGUUGGUGUAUGGAUCCGAAACCGUGUUACUAGUGGAAAUUGGCUCGGAAAGCCUUUAA